GAUAGUUGGUUCCAGCCGAUCAUGUGACAGUCCAAGAUGGCGGUAUCCACCGAGGCGGAGGAGGUGGCGGCAGUUUACCUGGUAGUGAGUGGUAUCCCCUGCGGUUUGCGCUCGGCCCAGUUACGGAGCUACUUUAGCCAGUUCCGGGAACAGCGUGGAGGUGGUUUCCUCUGUUUCCACUACCGGCAUCGGCCUGAACUGGCCCCUUCCCAGGCCGCUCCCUACUCUUUUGUAACUCCUACCUGCUCUGCCGCUGAGGGGCAGCUUCACGCCCAGACUUCGGCCACCCACGCCCGGGCUCUCUCCACUCGAGACUCUGCUCCGGUCAAGACCCGCACCUGCUGCUGUGUCAUCUCGGUACGAGGGAUGGCUCAAGCCCAGAGACUUCUUCGCAUGUAUUCGGGCCGCCGGUGGCUGGAUUCUCAGGGGACUUGGUUGCCGGGUCGCUGUCUCAUCCGCAGACUUCGGCUACCAACUGAGACAUCAGAUUUGGACUCCUUUCCCUUCAAGACACGGAAAGAGCUGCAGAGUCGGAAAGCCGAGAAUGAAGCCUUCACCCUGGCUGACCUGAGGCAACUGCCAGAGCUCAACCCACCAGUGCUGAUGCCCAAUGGGAAUGUGGGGACUCCCCUGCAGGUCUUUUUGGAGUUGAUCCGGGCCUGCCGCCUACCCCCUCGAAUCAUCACCCAGCUGCAGCUCCAGUUCCCCAAAACAGGUUCCUCCCGGCGCUAUGGCAAUGUGCCCUUCAAGUACGAGGACUCAGAGACGGUAGAGCAGGAAGAGCUUGUGUACACAGGCGAGGGUGAGGAAAUACCCCAGGGAACCUGCUUGGCAGAUAUACCAGCCAGUCCUGAUAGAGAGCCUGAGGAGGAAAGGGAAAAGGAAGAGGAAGAAGAGUCUCACUCAGAUGAUGAUGAUGACCGGGGUGAGGAGUGGGAGCGGCAUGAAGCGCUGCAUGAAGAUGUGACUGGGCAGGAGCGGACCACUGAGCGGCUCUUUGAGGAGGAGAUCGAGCUCAAGUGGGAGAAAGGUGGCUCUGGCCUGGUGUUCUACACUGAUGCCCAGUUUUGGCAGGAGGAAGAAGGAGACUUUGAUGAACAGACAGCUGAUGACUGGGACGUGGACAUGAGUGUAUACUAUGACAGAGAUGGUGGAGACAAGGACGCCCGAGACUCUGUCCAAAUGCGUCUGGAACAGAGACUCCGUGAUGGCCAAGAAGAUGGCUCUGUGAUUGAACAGCAAGUGGGCACCUUUGAGCGUCACACCAAGGGCAUUGGACGGAAGGUGAUGGAGCGGCAAGGCUGGGCUGAGGGCCAGGGCCUGGGCAGCAGGUGCUCCGGGGUGCCUGAGGCUCUGGAUGGUGAUGGUCAGAACCCCAGAUGCAAGCGUGGAUUGGGGUACCAUGGAGAGAAGCUGCAGCCAUUUGGGCAACUGAAAAGGCCGCGUGGAAUUGGCUUGGGGCUCAUUUCAACCAUCUAUGAUGAGCCUCUACCCCAGGACCAGAGAGAGUCACUGCUCCGCCGACAGCCACCAACUAGCAUGAAGUUUCGGACAGACAUGGCUUUUGUGAGGGGUUCUAGUUGUGCCUCAGACAGCCCCUCAGAGCCUGAAUGACUGGGUUGGGGUCUUUGUGGUCAGAGUCACUCAUAGCUGCACAGGGACAACCAUCUGCCCCAGUCUCAUCUACCACAGAUGCAGAAAGGAGUCUGACAGCAGCAGUCUUUGAGGUUUAUUCAGGGUGCUUUGCUCUGAGCUUGCCUACUCGUUCUCUACCUCAAGGGAAGUUUUACAACCCCUCACCGAUUGUAUAUCAGAGCUUCGUGACCUCUUUUUCAUUGGUCUCUUAACCUGUUCCGGCUUGCCCCUGUUGCCUCCCGCAGUACCUUGACCAGCGGAUUGAGUGAGGUUAUCAGCAACCUUCCUUGGGGCGUCUGGAUCACCAUGAAGGCCAGAAAGAGGGAAAGGGAUCCAGGAAAAAAAAGGAUUUGUGGUGGUUGGGUCUUGGGGAGGGCGUCCCACCGCCUCUACUCUCACUGGCUGGGAUCGGGCAGUGGAGAGCCCGCGGGAGGUGGCCUGGGUCUGCGACGUAACGGAAGAAUAAAGAAGUUUGCUACUGGA